CAGGGUUUAUUUAUACAUCCAGUAUUAGCACUAACAACUCCCUUAUUAAUAGCUAACUAGCUAACCACCCUAACCGCUCUUAGUCAUCACGUUGACCAAGACCUCCACAUCAGCAAGCUAUAACAUAAUGCCAAAGAGAGAUGAUUGGGCUAGGGUUCGAAACCCUAUCACCCGGCCACGACAUGGAUCUACAAGGUUCAAAGUAGCAAGCAGAUACAGCAAUUGAGAAGGAAGGGAAAGGGAAAUAGUCUGGACAACCUACCACCAUCGACAGCUUAGAGACGAUGAGCGAUAGAAGCGAUCCGAAAUCUAGAAAAAUCCAGCAUCUAAUGGUGUUUUUGAGGGAGCGAGUACAAGAAUAGAGAGCAAAAUGACGAGAUGGAACGAUGUUGGGCCUAGGGUGAGAAAUCCCAGCCCCCGACCUUGGAUCUCUAAGGCUCGAAGUAGCAGGCCAAUGCAGCAAUAAUGGAGAAACAACAAGAAGGGCGACAGUAUGAAGAAGUUGCCACUAGCUACAAUCUGGCAACAAAGAGCAAUAGAAAAGAAGCCAAAACCAGAAGCGUCCAACGGUUUUUUUGAAGGUAUAAACUUUAAAUAUGUAGUUUUUCACAUUUGUCAGUGGUAUAGUGUACAUGUUAGGCUUGAAAAGAUCUGUAAUUAUCUCUAAUCCUGUAAAAUGAUUUUUUUUGUGUUGAAUCUAAUAUGUUUUAUAAUUUUGAUUGCGUGGGAACCAUGCCCUUACAAGCUCUGAUGGCGGUGGCGUCGUUCCAGACGCCGGUGCCGCAGCCAUCACCUUUCCAGCCCCAGCUGGUCAGCACCAUGGCCCCUGUCAACUUGGCCGGCGCACUUAACGCUACAGGGCCGUCGCGUCCCCCGCAAGGUACGAAUCCGCAAGUCACCUUUGAUGGUCAUUGCGUCUCAAUUGAGAGUGAUGACGGCGAGUGGGACAUUCCAAGGUCCCACAAGAAGAAGAAAGGAAAAAACAUCCGGCCAGCGACCUCCCGAAACUCCGCCUUCGAACGGCUGGGGGAUAGGGAGGAAGGCCACAGGAAGUCAGCCAAGCAAAGGCUGGGGCAGAGCGUUGCCCAUGUCAGCGCGUUCGCCCGGCUAGGCGAGCAGAUGGAGGCAAAAUUGGAAAGGCUGGAAAGGAAGGUCGGGGAGAAGAAUGACCGGGACAAACCCUUGGCGGGGUCCCCGUUCACCACAAGGGUCCAUCUGACACCUUUCCCGCGAAAGAUCAAGAUUGACGCCCCUAGGUUCACUGGGAAGGAAGAUCCGGAAAUCCAUCUGGAUUCCUUCAACCAGAGUGCGACCAUGAACGGUUGCACCGAUGAAGAAAAGUGCCUUCUUUUCUUCCAAACCUUGCGGAACCGAGCCACUGAAUGGUUCAAUAAGCUUCGCCCGGGAAGCAUUGAUUCGUUCAGUGAUUUGGCCUCAAAAUUCAAGGCCAAGUUCCAGGAGAAUUGUACUAAGAGGAAGAAAUUCAUCUAUCUUAGCACGGCCGGGCAGAGGGAAUCUGAGAACCUUACUCAGUUCCUUACCCGGUGGAAGGAAGAGGUAGACAAGGUGGAAGAGAUGGAUGACAAGACCGUUUUAUCCCUCCUCUUGAAUGGCUUGCGUGCCGAGGAACUAUACAAAGAGUUCUGCCGGAAAUCCCCAGCCACGUACCAAGAGGCCUACCAUACCGCAUGGGAGUUUGCUGAAGCUGAAACCCAGCUCCGGGCAAAGAGAGAAGCUGAGCAUGGUCACAAAUCCAAGCCGGUGCAAGUCAAGAAGGAAGAAGCACCGGGACCUAGCCGGCCGAGGCACCACUAUGACCCGGUCAUCCGAGUGGUCAAUACGGAAGAAUGCCAAGAAGUCCGGAAAGCACCGGUCAUUCCUCCAGAAAACCCUACCGGUCAAUGGAGAGCUGGGCAAAGAUUACUUGCAGAAAGCCUAGGAGAAGAGUCAUCAACUGCCCCAGGGGAUGACCGGGACAAUGACCGGCGGAGGAAUAACCGGCCAAGGGAGCGGCAACCUGCUCCCGAAAAAGAGCACAUCGGCAUGAUCUUCGGCGGACCUGAGGGUGGAGAUUCAGCCGCACAACAGAAGAACUGGGUUCGGAGCAUUUACGUUGGGGAGGUAAGUGCUGAACCGCCCAGGCGUAAACAUACUAGGAUGGAGCCGAUCGUCUUUACUGACUGGGAUCUCCCUCCUACCGGUGAAGAUCACAAUGAUCCAUUGGUCAUCACCAUGGACAUUAAUGGGGUGGACGUCGCCCGGGUACUUGUUGACACCGGCAGCAGUGUCAACAUCUUAUACCUGGAGACUUUCCAAAAACUCAGGUUGUGUCGGACACAACUUGAACCCCUCAAAACCCCUCUCUCAGGCUUCACGGGAGACACCGUUGAAGCUGAAGGAUCCAUAGUUCUACCGGUCGAACUAGGAUCAGGUGAAAAGACCGUGUGGAAGAAGAUGCGGUUCAUAGUUGUGGACAUCAAAUGCGUCCACAACGCAAUUCUUGGAAGGCCAGGCAUCAAUAAGGUCGGGGCGGUGAUUUCCAUGCCCCACCUGUGCAUGAAGUUCCACACUCCAGGUGGUGUGGGUGAGGUGAAGGGUGACCAGAGGAAUGCCCGGGAAUGCUAUGCCCGGGCAGUCAAGAAGAUGACCAAGGGGGUCAAUGUCAUCUCCCAAGAAAUCACAAAGGGAGAGACCCGGGAGAAUUUGGAGCCCGAGGCCGAGACGGUGGAAAUCGAACUUCACCCGGGCGAUUCUUCGAGGAUGGUCAGAGUUGGAGCAAAUCUCCCCGAGGAUCUCAAGGCAGAGAUUACGCGGGUCCUCCAAGAAUACGCAGGCAUAUUUGCAUGGAGCAUGGCAGAUAUGCCCGGAGUAGAUCGCUCUGUUAUCUGCCACCGGUUGGCCGUGAGGGAAGACAGUCGACCGGUACGUCAGAAGAAGCGGUACCUGGCCAGUGACCGGCGAGACUUCGUCAAGAAGGAAGUGAAGGACCUCCUUAGUGUGGACCUACCGGUCAACAAGCCCGCUGAGCAAUGGUGGGAGAUGGCAGUUGAUGGGGCAUCCGGUCCUAGAGGAUACGGGGGUGGUAUCGUGUUCACCACCCCAGAAGGGUUCAAGAUCUACCAUGCAAUCGUCUUCAAGUUCAAGCUGACAAACAAUGAGGCAGAGUAUGAAGCUCUGGUUGGAGGGCUCAGGCUUGCCCAAGCCCUGAAAAUCAGCCGGGUCAGUAUCAAAUCGGACUCUAGCCUGAUUGUUGGGCAAGUGACCGAGUUCAAGAUCGCCCAAAUUCCCCGGGCAGAAAACGCGGAUGCAGACCUUCUCUCCAAAUUGACACAGUAUGCUCCCGAGCAUGUUUCAAAACUUGCCCGGGUAGAGAUCCUUGACCGUGCAAGCAUCGAAAAAUUGGAAGUAGCCGCUAUAACGGCCGGAAGCCAAUCUGAUCGGUCAAACUUGGUCGGGGCGGACGACCAUUGGAUGUAUGAUCUGAUGGAAUAUUUGAUGGAUGGGAGCUUGCCAGAACAAGAUGACCGGGCAAGAAAAGUGAAGCUCAGGGCACCCCGAUUCCAGGUUCUUGAUGGAAAGCUGUAUAAAAGGGCAUUUGGGGGGCCACUCCUGAGAUGUCUAACCAACCGGGAGGCCGAGCGAGUCAUAGCGGAGGUCCACGAAGGCAUAUGCGCGGCGCACCAAAUGUCUCGUACGCUUUCCCAGCGCAUCAUCUUAUUGGGGUAUUACUGGCCAACAAUUGUCCAGGAUUAUGAAAGGUAUGUUCAGAAUGGCAGAACAUGCCAAGUGUUCUACAAGUAUCCCGGUAGACCAGCAACCUACUAUCACCCCGUGUCGAAUGUCAUCCCGUUCGCUAGAUUCGGGGUUGAUAUCAUUGGAGCCUUUCCAGUCGCCCAAGGAGGGAAGAAGUUCGUAAUCGUAGCCAUCGAUUACUUCACCAAAUGGAUCGAGGCCGAAGCAAUGGCCAGCAUUACCACGCAACAAUCAAGGCUGCCCAUCGAAGCUGAAUUCCCAACGUUCCGGGAAUCAAAUUAUCAACCCCAACAAAAUAAAGAAGACCACUUGGCCGAGCUCAACUUGGUCGAAGAACGAAGAAUGGCCGCGGAGGUUAAAAUGAGUACAUACCAACAAGUUGUGAAGAAAUACCAUGACAACAAGGUUGGGCCGCGGUACUUCCAAGUUGGAGAUGAAGUCCUACGAAGAAGAGAAGCAAGUAGACCUGGCGAUGGAGGAAAGCUGGCAAGAAACUGGGAAGACCCAUACAGGGUUAGAGCCGUCAUUCGACCAGGAACAUACCGGUUAGAAACUUUAGAUGGUGUACCGAUAGAAAGAACUUGGAAUUCCCACCAUCUUCGCAAGUUCUACAAAUGAUUGUAAUACUAGGCGAGGCCUAACUACAUUAUCAAUCAAAGUGAUGUUCAAUACUCUACUUGGUAACGGCAGAAUUGAUAGGUCGAACCUAUCCUAGGAGGGCUUCCCGGGUGGAUCGAAUCCACUUGGAUAAGCCAACUGAGACACAGGCCCGGACCUGGCACGCUGGUUACUACACCGGUCUUGCUCAGUAUAAUAGAAAAAAUAUUAAAACUCGGAAGAGGGG